AUGACUUCGUAUCCUCGAGUAACUCGAAAUAUAACUUUAGACCGUUGUGAUAAAUUUACUUCCAAAGAUUUUUUUUCGGAUGUAAAUUUGUAUUCAAAUCUUUAUAAGAAACGUACCGACUCGGAAAAUUUUAUUAAAUUACAAGUAUAUAAAGUUCCUCAACUUUUACGAAUAACUUUUGAAGAAGCAAUAAGAGGCAAUUAUGAACCUGCUAAACGGGGCGACUCUUUUGGACCAAAUUGGAAAGGUGAAGAAGUACAAUUCUUAUGGAACGCAAAUAAUGAAGGAAUGAUUUGGACCGUUGAUGGUACUCCUCUUCAAGGACUUACGGGAGGAGGUGGUAAUGACCGUCGCGUUGAGUAUAUUCUCACCCAUCAAUCGAACGGAGGAGAAUCAUUUGAAUUCUAUUUAGAAAUGGCUUGUAAUGGAAUGUUUGGUAAUGGAUUAAAUGGAUUAAUUAAUCCACCAGAUCCAAACAAAUACUUCACUUUAGAACAAGUAGAAAUAGCUAUUCCCAAUAAGAAAGCUUGGCAAUUAUUAUAUGAUUUUCAAAUUAUUCUUGAUAUCGCUAAAGAACUUCCUCAUGAUA